GCCGGCGAAGCGUCAUGUUAUUCGAAAGAAAGCAACGCAACUGUAAACAUUCGGUGCAACGCACUGCGAUCUUAUUUGAAGCGGAAGAAAUCUAAGCUAACCAACGCAAAAAUGUCUCUGCUACCUUUCAUCAUGGGCUUGGAUCAUCCUCACCGCCUGAUGGAACAGGACUUCGGGCUCGCCUUGACUCCUGACGACUUACUCACCGCGGCCGUAUCUCCAAUGCUGUCCAGAGAUUACUACCGCCCCUGGAGGCAGCUGGCCGCCGCAGCGCGAGACGUCGGCUCCACCAUCAAGUCCGACAAGGAGAAGUUCCAAGUAAACCUCGACGUUCAACACUUCGCGCCUGAAGAGAUAACCGUCAAAACAGCCGACGGAUUCGUCGUCAUCGAGGGCAAACAUGAGGAAAAGAAGGACGAACACGGUUACAUCUCCCGCCAGUUCUCAAGACGGUACGCGCUCCCUGAAGGCUGCAACCCUGAGACAGUGGAGUCGAGGCUUUCGUCCGACGGCGUCCUGUCCAUCAUCGCUCCCCGCGUGGCUCCAGCUUUGAAGAACGAGAGGAGUGUCCCCAUCAGCCAGACUGGACCGGUUAGGAAGGAAAUCAAGGAUCAGUCGCCACAGGCCAACGGCGAUCAGAAGUAAUUCCCUUUUCUAAUUAGUAAUUAGUUUCGUCAUAAAAUAUAGCCCUCUUAGCUACAUGGCAGAGCCAAUAAGAGAGCUAAAUUUCUAUGGCCGCGUUUUAGUUUUUAGUCAUGUCAGUAUUUUCAUACUCAAUUGCAUUUCCAAAUUUUAUGUUAUGUGACAAAGACUGAUUUUGUAAAAAAUAGGUCAAACUCCUUAGUUAUUUAGGUUUAAAUAAAUUUCCUUUUAUGUGUAAA